CUCAGGCAAAGUUGCCCCUCCUGUUUGUCUUAUUGUGGACCACACCCGCUUCUGUCUCCCUGACCACGCCCACACCUGUUUGUCUUAUUGGUGGGCCACACCCUCUUCUGUAUCCCUGACCACGCCCACACCUGUUUGCCCCAACCUGCACCGCUGCUGAAGACGCACUUCAAAUACCUUGAGGGGACGUUACGUCUCGAUAACUUAAGCAGAAAUUUAAACCACCUCGAAGAGACGUCGCCGGUGCAGAUGAACCGCAGCUGACAGCGGUAGAACCAUGACCAACGCGGAGGGCGACGAGAGCGUCACGAAACCCUACAAAUCCGAGAAGGACCAGGCUUGGAUUCCCAAGAUCUUCAAGAAAAGAGUUUGUACAACCUUCGUAGAAGAUUCCUCAAGUGAUGGCAGGCUGUGCCAGUGUGGGAAUGCCAGAGAGAGCCAUCUGCAGGUGGCUCUGGGGGACUACUUCAGCACAGCCAUGGUGAACCAGUGGGACAGCAGGCAGCACUCCUCAUUACACCCCACCGACGCCUUCGGAGAAAUGCAGUUCACUGGAGCCAGCAAGAGGCAGAGCUACUUCAUGCGUUUGGCAAAUGACACGGCCCCCUCCAUGGUCUACAACCUGUUGACCCACCACUGGGGGCUGCCCUCCCCCAACCUGGUGGUGUCCGUAGUGGGGGGGGACGGGAUGGAGAAGGUCAAGACCUGGGUACGAGAGGUUCUCAGACAGGGCCUCGUCAAGGCCUCCCAGAGCACAGGUGCGUGGAUCCUGACCACCGGCCUCCAGGAGGGGGUGGGCCGCUGUGUGGGGGAGGCGGUCCGGGAUCACGCCACCGCCGCCGCCUCCUCCUCCACCAAUAAGGUGCUGGCGCUCGGUGUCACACCCUGGGGGGUCGUCCACGACCGCAAGCAGCUGGUCAACCCAAAGGGUAGUUCUCCGGCUAAGUACAAGGCCCAGAGCACAUUCAAGGACUCGUGUUACCUUGACAACAACUACCAGGCCUUCCUGCUGGUGGACGACGGCAGCGUGGGUCGGCGGGGGGUCGAGACCGGCUUCAGAGCCAAGCUGGAGGAGUACAUCUCCCACCAACGCACCGGGAUCUCUGGCAGUGGCACCAUCGACAUCCCUGUGCUCUGCAUGCUGAUCUCAGGACAGACCAACAUGCUGGAGCGGGUGGAGCUGUCUCUGAAGACCUCCAUGCCCUGGCUGAUCCUGGCGGGCUCUGGGGGCGUGGCUGACCUGCUGAGUGAAGUCCUGGAGCGAGUGUCGCCGGCCCCGCCCUCCCCCUCCCCCGCUGUGGAGGGGGAGGGGGGGGCCACGCCCAGCGUCGACAUGAGGGAGCGAGUGGCGGAGAUCGUCCGGAGCCACUUUCCUGGGCAUGGUGAUCUCGACAAACUGGUCGAGCAGGUGCUGAGUAUUUACCAAAACAGAGAGCUGAUCACUGUGUUCCACGGAGAGCAGGAGGGGGCAGAUGACUUUGACACAGUGCUGCUUAAAGCCCUCGUAAGAGCCAGUAAGCAGCGCAUUCUGAGCGAUGCUACCCCCAACAUGGAGGAGCUAAAGCUAGCGGUGGCUUGGAACCGCGUGGACAUUGCAAAGAGCGAGCUCUUCAACGGCAGCAUCCGCUGGAAGCACUCUGACCUGGAGGACUCGAUGACGGACGCCCUGGUCAACAACAAGCCCGAGUUCGUCCGUCUCUUCACGGAGAACGGCCUCUGCAUCCUGGACUACCUGAACUACGGGAGGCUGGAGUUCCUGUACAGCACUACGCCUGAGGGCACGCUGGCCUACCACCUGCUGCAGCGGAUGCUGCAGCGCCGCCUCCAGGAACGACCGUUCACUGCAAGCUCUGCCAACCUGCUGGACGACACGCCUGACUCCGCCACCAAGAUGAUGUCCGGAAAUGGUCCCAACAGUAUCAGCCUGUUUGAGGUGUCGGGGGUCCUGGAGCUGCUGAUUGGGGACGUCUGCAAGCCGUUCUAUUACUCUGCUCUGGGUCUCGACCCCGACCUGUCCAAGAGGAAAGCCCUGAAGAAAGCCAGUAAGGUGUUGCGUGGAGGCCAGCUCUACCGCGCGGACCGGUGUCUGUACCCGUGGGCGUCUCUCUUCAUCUGGGCUGUCCUGCAGAACUACAGCGACAUGGCGGUCUUCUUCUGGGAGAUGGCAGGGGAGACAGUCCUUAGUGCUCUGAGCGGCUGUAAGCUCCUCAGGGAGAUGUCUAAGCUGGAGAGCGAGACUGAGACCAAGCUGUCCAUGAAGGUCCUGGCUCAGCGCUUUGAGAACAUGGCCCACGAUGUGUUUGGCUCAUGCUACCAGAGCAGUGAGUUGCGCUCCUUCACGCUGCUGAUCCGGAAGUCUCCAGUGUGGGGCGCCACCACCUGCCUGCAGAUGGGGACGGCCGCCGACGCACGCCUCUUCUUCAGCCAGGACGGCGUCCAGUCUCUGCUGUCCCAGAUCUGGUGGGGGGAGAUGAGGCGGAGCACAGAGGUGUGGAGGCUGGUGCUCACCUUCUUCUGCCCCUUCCUGUGCUACACCUCCCUCAUCUCGUACAGGGAGGACGAGGACGAGGAGCAGGAGGAGGAAGACAUCCCAAGAGAUGACUACAGAACCUACGGGGCCACAGUCUUCGCCUUCUCUGACAUCAAACACCUAGAGGCUGCUCCAGGGGACGGACUCUCCAGUCCUGUGUCUCCCACCAUUAAAGGCAUACGGAUACAUUCCAAACCGCCCAAGAGGCCCUUCAUCGUGAAAAGAUGGCGUCAGUUCUGGUACGCUCCCGUCACCUCCUUCAUGGGCAACGUGCUCAUGUACUUCCUGUUCCUGCUGCUGUUCGCCUACGUGCUGUUGGUGGACUUCAAGGGCCCCCCGCCCGCUGGCCCCGCCGUGUCGGAGUUCGUUCUGUACUUCUGGGUCUUCACCAUCGUGUGUGAGGAGAUCCGAGAGACCUUCCUGGUUGGUAGUCUGAGUCUCCGUCAGAGGCUGAGGUUGUACUGGCAGGACAUGUGGAACAAGUGUGACCUGACGGCUAUCACCCUCUUCAUAGCUGGAGUCAUCUGCAGGAUGUUUUCCUCAUGGUUCGAUGCAGGCCGGGCCCUUCUGUGUGUGGAUUACAUGGUGUUCACACUCAGGCUCAUCCACAUCUUCGCCAUCCACCGCCAGCUGGGGCCUAAGAUCAUCAUCGUCGGCAAGAUGAUAAAGGACAUCUUCUUCUUCCUCUUUUUCCUGGGGGUGUGGCUUAUGGCGUACGGCGUAGCCAAUCAGGCGCUGAUCUACUCCUACGACCCCCGGCCGGAUCGUAUCUUCAGGAGGGUUUUCUACCGGCCCUACCUCCACAUCUACGGACAGAUCCCGGUGGAGGAGAUGGACGUGGGGAAGACGUGGGACAUGCCGUGCACCAGCAACAUCACACUGAUAGAGGGCGGAGCUGAACCCUGCAGGAACCAGUACGGUAACUGGUUGGUCGUGAUUCUCCUGGUCAUCUACCUCCUGGUCACCAACAUACUGCUGAUCAACCUGCUCAUCGCCAUGUUCAGCUACACCUUCAACAAGGUGCAGGAGCACAGCGACGUGUACUGGAAGUUCCAGCGCUACAAGCUGAUCGUGGAGUAUCACUCCAGGCCCUCCCUGGCUCCACCCUUCAUCAUCCUCUCCCACCUCCACAUCUUCAUCAAGAGGCACAUCCGCAGGGUGCCCUCGGUCAAGGUGCACGACUUCGUCCAGGAGGUGAAGGGGAAAGCGGCCAACAGACUGAUGACCUGGGAGAGCAUCCAGAAGGAGAACUUCCUGUCCGAUCAGAGUAAAGUGCAGCGAGGCAGCGACUCUGAACGGAUCAAACGCAUGUCUGUCAAAGUGGACACGGUGGUCAAACAGAUGGGCACCAGCAGAGACUACGAACACAGACUCAGAGCUCUGGAGAACCAGAUGGAGUACUGCUCCUCUGCUAUGAGCUGGAUCGUGGACACGCUGGUCCAGAGCUCCAUGGUCAAGCCCCCCAGACCCCCGCCCACACACAGAGUGCUCCAUGCUUCUCCCACUUCCAACUGACGAGGCGCCGUAAGGUGCACCGUCACAGACUGGCCACCAGGUGGUGCUGUCCCCUCUUAGCUCACGGAGGCCUAAGUUAACCAGCGUUAUACUGGAAAAGAUUACAUUUUAUCUCAAUUUUAUAUUUUUUACCUGAACUGUUACUUAUGUUGUUUUUAUCUACGGUUUAAUAAUUGAAAGGUUGAUCAAAUAUGUACAAUUUCAAUGUUUCCAUAGUAACAACUGAUGAUGCAGUAUUAUACUAUCUGUUAUGAUAUUUUGUACGAUAAACAAUCAAUAAAACGGUAUUGGAAAAUACUGCUUUGGGAAAAUUAAAUGUUACUUAAAGUAAAAUGAUCUGCUAUAAAACAAAUGAUAUAAAACAAAAAUGAAAUAUGUCUAGUCAUGAUGACUAAAAGUUUUUGAAGAUAGGCUACUGAUUUAUACAAUAAAUACUGUUAUAUAUACUAAAUAUACAAUUUAUUUCUAUCUGUAAAGCCUAUGAUAUCAAUACGAUGAGUAUAUAUUAAUAUAUGCUACACGUGAACCUCCUAAGAUUUCGCUAUUGAUUGUUUCGUUAUCUCGGGAUAUUGGGCAAUAUCCCAUGAUUGAGAUCUCAAACUUGGGUUAUUGUUUUCAUCGCAAAAUGUCUAGCUUUGCAACAAAUAACCCACAAAUAAAACGUGUUAUCUUGUUUUCUAUUAGAAUGUUCACGUGUAGUAGGCCUAGGCUACAUACUAAAACAAUUAAUAACCUCAUGCUCCGUGAAUAGUGGGGGCUAUUUCUCACUAUUCACUAUUCAGAAGUGUUUUAAAUCUACUGCGCUCUCACUCCCUCUUCUCUCGCUCACGCCAGGGUUAUCAAAAGUUGUGAUAUUUACUCAAAUAAAUAUCGCAACUGAUGUUUUCUCAGUUCCCUUUAAUAAGAUGACUCACUUAUAUGUUCAGAUAAAGGAUAUAAAAGUUGAAAUAAUAAUAAAAUAAUUUCGGCAAGCAUUAUUGAUGCAAAUAAUGACACAUGAUAGAUUUUCAAUAGUCCAUCAUAAAGACACUAAAAGUAGCUUGUGCGACUCGUUCGGUCUGUUCUUCUGAUCUUUAAAUUACACUCCUCUGCCAUCUGGGCAACAAUUAUUAUUUAACAAUAAUUACAAAUAUAUGUAAUUUAUGUUAUUAUUUAAGAUUAGUUUGUCAAUGAAGAAAGAAGAACACAUUGUAUAUACACUUUCAAUUUUGUAUUUUAAAACAAAAAUCUCAAUUAAAACUCUUUUUUAUAUAUUUGACGAAAUCAGGCCUACUUUAUGUAAAUUAGAUUAAAGAUGUCCCACCUUAUUCUUCAUGUUGAACCUCUGUUUUUCUUUUAAUCCUAGUCUGUCUUAAUAUAUGUCUGUUACAUAGUUUAGAUAGGGCAAUAUGUAUGCGUCUUAGAGUACCAUAUUAAGCGCUAGGCUAUAUACAUUUAUUAUUAUUAUUAUUAUUAUUAUUAUGUCUAGCAUAGGUGUCGAUUACGCCGGGGACGCCGGGGAAGCGUCCCCACCAGAUUUCGACAAGAAUCAUUUUGAACCUACCACUUAAAAAAGAAAAAAGAAGAAAUCGAGUUUAAUUAUUAUGGAAUAUUACACGGGUCUUCUCAAUGCCGUGGAACGCUCCCUUCACUUGCAUGGGCUCUUCACAACUUCGCGUUGAAUGCUAGACAUAAAUUGACCGCUGUCAAGGAAAACAAAGGACUUUUUUCCUAACGACGUCUUUGGUACCACUCCUCAAGUAGUCCGGUAACUUUUCAACCCCAGCGUCUUCGGUUGCUAAGCGACGUCAACGUCUUUGGCGGACUAUUUCUCUGCUGAUCAACACUACGAAUUCUGGUAACAAAUAAAUUGUAACAAGCCACACCAUGUGAAUUCAUUUUUUCGUUUUGGCACGUAGCCGUGUAAUAAGCGGGAUAAUAUAUAGAACGUCGCCGGUCGAAUUUAUGUCCCUUCAGUGGGAAGCGAUUACCCUCGCUGCGCGUCGGUGCCCUGUUCGCCCUGUCGGGGCUUAUUUUCCCGAUAAUGACCGGCAUUCUAUAAAUUAUCCCUUAC